AUGGCUCGUUCAUUCGCCUUCGCUGUCGCUUUAGCCGCGCUUGCCGUCAUCUGCGCCGUUUCGUCCGUUAGCGCGAUAACCGCCGCGCCAGGAACAACGCCAGCUCCGAACGCCAAGGGAAUUCCGGCAACAGGAACGGGAGCGGCGCCGAAGCCGAAGGCAGGGCCGCCGCCGACGAGGACGCAGCUGCGCGCCGAGCUGAAGAAGCUGUCGGCGACAAUCACCAAGAAGUACCCGAAAUACGCCAAGUACUCGACGCAAGUCAACAAGGCCAUCAAUGUCGCCCUGAACUCCAAGUACAACUUGACGGCGCUGCAGAGCGCUACGAUUCUGCUGAUGAACGACGUGGUGGCGGACCGCCUGUCGCUGCGCUUCAAGGGCAAGAAGAUCCCCAACGACGCGGCAUACAACUUGACGGCCGUGCAGAUCAUCGCGAGGCGCCUCACGCUGCCGGAUCUGCAGGCGAUCAAGAAGGGCCAGCUGCUGCCGACGCAGCUCAAGGGGGUCAGCCUCGUGAAGAUGUCGCCGGCGGGGCCGAAGGUGGUGCUGGGGCAGCAGGGCCUGGCGAGGCCUACGUGGAGCACGGUGCUGGACCCGCAGAUGUACGUCGGCCCGUACUUCGUCGCGCACGGUGUUGAUAACCCGCAGUUCCCCGUGGGCACCAAGCUCCCCGCUCGAUCGCGCGGAUCAGCUCUCGGUCAGCUUCCGUGUGUUGAUCGAUCAGACAUGGCGGAGCAGAAGAAGGGGUCGGUGUGGGGUUCCGUGAAGCCGUUCGUGAAUGGCGGAACGGCUGGUAUGAUGGCCACCUGCGUGAUCCAACCUAUCGACAUGGUUAAGGGUUUGUCUGCGGGUCUUCUCCGACAAGCCACAUAUACCACCGCUCGCCUUGGAUCGUUCAGGUAUCUCACCACGGAGGCCACCAAGGCCAACGACGGCAAGCCCCUGCCGCUCUACCAGAAGGCGGCGUGCGGGCUGACGGCGGGCGCCAUCGGCGCGUGCUUCGGCAGUCCCGCGGAUCUCGCGCUCAUCCGCAUGCAGGCGGACUCCGUGCUCCCCGCGGCGGAGCGCCGUGGGUACAAGAACGCGAUUCACGCUCUAACGCGUAUAGCGGCGGACGAGGGCGUGACGGCGCUGUGGAAGGGCGCGGGCCCCACGGUGGUUCGUGCGAUGGCGCUGAACAUGGGCAUGCUGGCGUCGUACGAUCAGAGCAUGGAGUACUUUAAGGACACGCUACAGCUUAAGGAGAUCCCCGCUGUUAUCGGCGCGAGCGCGGUAUCUGGAUUCUUCGCGUCCGCGUGCAGUCUGCCGUUCGACUACGUGAAGACGCAGAUUCAGAAGCAGAAGCCGGGGCCGGACGGCAAGCUGCCGUACAGCUCCUCCAUGGACUGCGUCGUGCAGACGCUCAAGCAGGGCGGCCCCCUCAAGUUCUACACCGGCUUCGCCACCUACUGCAUACGUAUUGCGCCGCACGUCAUGCUGACUUGGAUCUUCCUCAACCAAAUCCAAAAGCUUCAGAAGGCCAAUGGCUUGUAG